AAUCAAGGCGUAAGUACCGAGUUGGAUAGUCAUAAAUCCGACAGCUUACGAGGAGUACUAUCAGGUCUGUGCGGCACGACUUCGACUAGCGAAGAGAUUUGGGAUGUGCUGUUGAGCAGUCAAAACUAAAUUUCUAAUCUGCCGCUGCUCAUCGCCCACACAGUAAGUAGCUGGUUUCCGCUUAACACCCUUCGAAAAGGAACACUUAUGGGCGUUUUCUGUUUCCGCCUCCGUCCCUCUCCGACAGGGGUGAAGACGCGGUUUAAGUUUUUUCGCGAAGACACCUUUGAGGUCGAAGCGAUCGAAGAGGUAGAUAACAAACCGGAGCUUUUCGCGAAGCCACGACUCACGCAGGCGUUUGACCACUUGCCAACACUAGUGCUCCAUGUCGAAAUCUUCAACGAAGCCGAGGAAAGGGUAGACACCUGGGUGCUUGAUGAGUUAGACAAGGACAAAAUAGGCCAGGAUUUUGAUUCCACAGAAAAAACAAGAAAUCUACUCUGCUUCGGGGAUGUGAGCGAGUUGGCAAAUCCAGUUCCGCCGCCCGUGGGGGAGGGAGUCGGCGUGGUAUUUUCUGUGCGCAGGAAGGAUAGUUCGUUUUAGCAAAGAUGACUUUUAGUGUGCUGUGCAGAAGAGUGUAAGAAAGUACGAAGCCGGAGCUCUGGUUUAUGAACUCAAGUCGCUGAAUAUGUGAAAGAAAAAACAGCCGAAGCGAGAUGCGCAAGAAUAUCGGCAAGACGACGGCGCUUUGGAGGUGGAGUUUCGAACCUCGCAAACUAAUCUCGGCCUGGAGCAAACGAAGGAAGAGGAACAAAUCGCCGCUGCGGAAGCGGAGUUGCAGGUAAAUAGUUAAAAUUAGAUUAUUUUGAAUGGCAUAAUUGAGAUCCAAGAAUGAUUCGGAUGCAGCAUGCCACAUGUCGUUUGUCACAUAAGUACUUACCUUGUGUUUCAAAAACCUGCGCCCAGUAGCGCCGUGGCCGUAGAGCAGUUGGCCAGUUUUUCCGAACAUGAACAAAUCAUCAGGUGCCGCCAAAGUUGCAUGAGUACUCUCUGACCCUGCGGGUCGACCGGUUGGCCGAGAGAAUAGCGGAGUUGAGAAAAUUGAAGCUGGAGAUAGUGAAGGCAGAAUUGAUAAAAAGCGGCGCAGCAGGGAGUCUAACCGAGGAGGAGUGCCAGAAGUUUGUCACGGUAUAGAUUAGAAGUAGUACGAAAUAAAGUUUGCCGAAGUUUGUCAUGCAUGCAGUCAAAAAAAAUUGAACUGCAACUGCAGGUAGCAAUCGUGGGAUCAACGAAAAAAAUCACAAAUACAGGAAACGGAGUCAGACCUGUUGCAGAAAAUAAGCUCCUUCCGUGCGGAAAUGUUUGAGCCCUGGACAAAUACGCAAGAGCGUGAACACGAGCGGACGGGGGUGGAUUUGGGGAACAUGCAGCGGUCCAGGAAAGAACACGUGGAGUCAGUGGACUUGCUUUCCCGCAGACUGCGAGAAUUGGAGUUCCAAAGGUGAAGGUGGAAGGAUGAGGAGGCUUCAGAAGUUUCCGUAGCGCAUUCAGUGCUGCAGCGAGUUGAGUUCGCACUUUUUGUAUCAACGCACUCGGAUGGACUAGCUUGUUCUUGCCAUCCAUAACUUGUUGAAGUGAAAAUGUACCGUUUCCGGGAUCGUUGCAAUUACAUCCCGUAGUUUUGACGCUUCAAAUUAAUGCUGUUGGUGUACAAUGCAGGAGUUUGACACAGCUUCUUGGACUUUUGAACUUGAUCACGAACUUUUCUUGUUGAGCAGAACUCUGUUCCCACUUGUUGGCCAAAAUAUUGAACUUUGUUGAUUGGUACAAAAAAUGCACACGGUUAAUGCAGUCGGUAAGAUUACUCAUUAGGAU